GCAUAACUAUCAGCUUUCCAGGCCAAAUUACAAGAAAGGGCUCGUUCUAAUUGUUCUUCCGGGUGCGCGCGGCCUUCGCUUGCGACCAACCUCCCUCAAACUCGUGCUCUAGAGCGGGGCACCUUUAGGCACGUCGAUGCAUCUGUAGCCUACUGCAAGGGCGCGGCAAUCAACUUCUUCCGCGGGGCAGGGCCCCUUAGACAGGAUGCGUCUCAAGGUCAAGCAGUCCAGCGCGAAUGUGCACAGCGAAUUAACAGCAGCUGUGGGCUGGAAUGUCUGGAAUGAACUGUUCACUUGUAGCGACGACCAGACUAUUCACAAAUGGAACAUGCUGGGGGAGCCAGAGCAGAAGGUCAGCACUCUGGACGCAUACUUCACGGAUAUGCACUGGUACCCCGUGAGCUCGAAGAAGACGCAAGCAGGCGGGACGGACGUAUUCGCGGUGGCGUGCACAGACGGCUCUGUAAAAAUCCUCAGCCGCACGGGCCGCGUGGAGAAGUCCAUUGAGGGGCACAAGGGCGCGUGCAUCUCGCUGCGCUGGAGCUAUGACGGGACGGCACUGGCGACGGCGGGCGAGGACGGGUCGGUAAAGAUCUGGUCGCGCAACGGCAUGCUGCGCUCCACGCUAGCGCAGGCGGACAGCCCCGUGUACUCGAUUGUGUGGGCCUACGACUGCGACCAGCUGUGCUACUGCACCGGCUCCAACGUGGUCAUCAAGUCGCUGUCCUCCAACGCCAAGCAGAACGCGUGGAAGGCGCACGACGGCGUGGUGCUCAAGGUGGACUGGAGCCCCAUCAACCACCUCAUCAUCACAGGCGGCGAGGACUGCAAGUACAAGGUGUGGGACAGCUUUGGGCGGCUGCUGUUCCAGAGCGGGCUGUUCGACUACCCGGUCACGUCGGUGGCGUGGGCGCCCAGCGGCGAGCUGUUCGCGGUGGGCGGCUUCAACACGCUGCAGCUGUGUGACCGCAUGGGCUGGGCCUACUCCAAGAUCCACCUCAACGACACGGGCAGCAUCAUGACUCUGAGCUGGACGGCGGACAGCACGCAGCUGGCGGGCGGCGGCGGCAGCGGCGGCGUGGUGUUCGGCCAGGUGGUGGACCUGGCGCUGGAGGACGGCAAGAUGCAGGUGACGGUGGUGGACGACAUGCGCAUUGUGGUGAACGACAUCUUGAACGAGAACGCGGACGAGCUGCCCGAGUUCCGUGACCGCGUCAUCAAGGUGUCGCUAGGGUACGGCUACCUGAUCGUGGCCACCGCGACGCAGUGCCACGUGUACAACACCACCAACCUGGGCACGCCGCACAUCUUUGACCUCAAAGACACGGUCACCCUGCUGCUGCAGGCUGAGCGGCACUUCCUGCUGCUGGACAACUCGGCGGGCAUCCAGAUCUACACCUACGAGGGCCGCCAGAUCUGCAACCCGCGCUUCCAGGGCCUGCGCACCGAGCUGCUGAACGCGCAGAUGAUCACGCUGUCCAACGACACGAUAGCGGUGCUGGACCAGCAGGCCAGCGGCACCACCGUGCGCUUCUUCGACACGGCGCAGGGCCGGCCAGUGGGCGAGCCGUGGCAGCACACGUUGGAGGUGAAGGAGAUCGCGCUGAGCCAGGCCGGCACCAUCAACGACCGCCAGCUCAUCGUCAUCGACCGCAACCGCGACCUGUACCUGCUGCCCGUCAUGAAGCGCCACGUGGCCAAGCUGGCGGCCAUGUGCGACUCGGCGCGCUGGCACGACAGCACCGCCAUGCUGUCCGCCAUGGUGGACCAGCGCCUGUGUGUGUGGUACUACCCCAGCGAGGUGUACGUGGACAAGGACCUGCUGGCCAAGACGCGCUACACCAAGUCCGACUCGGACUUUGGCAAGUCGGCCCAGAUCCAGCUCUUCGCCGGCAACCGCUGCCUGGUGCGCCGCUCCGACGGCGUGCUGGUCUCCGCCGCCACCUCGCCCUACCCUGCCGUACUGUACGACAUGAUCCGCAAGCAGCAGUGGGACAAGGCCACGCGGCUGUGUCGCUUCAUCAAGGACCCCACCAUGUGGGCCACGCUGGCGGCGAUGGCCAUGGCGGCUAAGGAGCUGAACACGGCGGAGGUGGCGUUCGCGGCGAUUGACGAGGUGGACAAGACGCACUUUGUGCGCAAGGUGAAGCAGAUCCCCACGGAGGAGGGCCGCAACGCCGAGCUGGCGGUGUACCGGCGCAAGCCCGAGGAGGGCGAGUCCAUACUGCUGCAGGCCGGCCUGGUCUUCCGCGCCAUCAAGCUGAACAUCAAGCUGUUCAACUGGGAGCGCGCGCUGGACCUGGCCACGCAGCACAAGCAGCACCAGGACACGGUGCUGUGGUACCGCCAGCAGUUCCUCAAGAACGCCAAGCUCGCCGAGUCCAUCACGCGCUUCAUGCAGAUGAACGAGUCGGUGGUUGUGGACCAGGCGGCGGUGAAGAAGAAGAUCGAGGAGGAGCGCAUCAAGGAGUCGCAGCGGCCAGGCGCCAAGCGCUACGUGUAAAGCAGCGCAGAGCAGUCCGGUGCGGUGUGAUGUGAUGCGGUAGGCGGGGGGGGAGGUGAUGGGCGCGGCGGCAAUGGCUGGUGCUGCGUAGGUCUGCGUAGUGAGCGGGAGGAGGCGGUCGUGCAGCAUGGCUAGUAUGCGCUUGGUUGGCCAGUUGUUGGGCAGUGGGCGUCGUGCGAAGGGGGAGGAGGAGGAGGAGGGGCUUCCGGAGCGCAGUGGCCGCAUCCUCGAUUUCUUUUCACCAACAUACAGCAUGGUGGCGACACAUAGUGACAGCAUGAGGCCACAGACCGAUUUACAAUGUAGCGUGCAGCAUGUGUGGUGGUGCUCGGGGUGUGUGAUGAAGGCGACAUACAACGUUGGGAGAACGGAUGGGAGCGCGUGGCGUGCCAGAUUGGCGGUGGCUUCGGGCCCCCUACCCGGCCUGGUACGUUUAGGUCCCCGGGGCGUGUACAUAUUGGGGGCCUUCGGACACGCACGGGCAAGCGGCAGCCCCGCUGUAAAAGUGCGGGAGC